GUCUCUUCAUAUUGAAAUGUUUUGUGAAAAGUUUCAACAGCUUUCUAAAGUUUUCAUCUUUAUUAUUGUACUUUGUCUUUAGUUUUCGCUUACUACUUGAUCUCACAGAGCUAGGUUAUCUCGACUGAACUAACGUCUAACCUAAGCCUGCCCGUACGUGUGUAGCGUAUUUUUUUUUUUCUUUCAACUAGCAUAUUAUUUUCAAUCGCUAAUCUCAAAACCUUGCCAAAGUGUGUUGAAAGUGAAUCGAGAUCAAUUACAAUUUCGCAAUCCAAACAAAUGAUAAUUAAUUCGUCACAAUCGUAGAGAAUCAUACUGAUAGCUAAUAUGUGAAGAUUCACAAAUGUUUUCCUUAAAACGAAAAACACUGGCUCAUUUAUAUACAUAAGCAACAUUACACCAAAGAGAUUAGACAGUGGACUUUGAUCUACAAGUGGAAUCGUCGAAAAAAAUGUAUAUAUAAAGCCUCUAAAAUGCAUACAAAUUACUAGAAUCUAUAUAGUUACUUUCAACUUCUCGAUUGUACAUUGCGAUUUAUUAUGUCUAUCAUUACCGAACCUCAGACUAUAAACGGAAAUGCUACUGAUGCGACUGCAGGCCAACAACGAAAUAGGUUACUUAGCAAAAUCAAUUUUGAAUCGCAUAAUUCUCUAAAUCGGGAGGAAUUUUUUGAUUUAACUCCUAGCAUAGGUAGAGAGUACCCACAAGCACAACUUUCCGACUGGAUUACGGCAGAAGACUCAGAUGAACUACUUAAAGAGUUGGCGAUCACGGUUUCAAAUAGAGGAGUUGUUUUCUUCCGAAAUCAAAAUUUAAGCAUCGAAGAGCAAAAGAUCCUUGGACAAAGACUCGGGGAAUUAACAGGAAAGCCCAAAGAAUCUUCGUUACAUAUUCAUCCAGUGAUUAAUGCUGGACGUGAAGGCGUUGAUUCCACAGGUGAAGUAGAUAACAAUGAUAACGAGGUUUCGAUUCUUUCAAAAUCACAACAAAAAACGAUUUAUCCUCCCAAAGCUGAAGCAAAAGCAUUUCGUCCGAAAGCAAGUGCAGGAUGGCAUAGCGACAUAACGUUCGAGCCUGUUCCCGCUGACUAUACAAUUUUGAAGAUGCAGAUACCUUCGAAAAAUGGUGGUGACACAUUAUGGGCAUCUGGACAUGAGCUUUAUACACGAUUUUCUCCUCAUUUUCGUAGGUUCUUAGAUGGUUUAACUGCUACUUAUGCACAACCAAGAUUUAAUCAGUAUGCCAAUGCAGGCGGAUUUAGCAUUUAUGAUGGCCCUCGUGGAUCUCCGCACAACACUGGUGAAAAGCUAGAGGCUGUUCACCCAGUGAUUCGAACCAAUCCCAUAACCGGACUAAAGAGCGUGUUUGCCGUAGGUCAUCAUGUGGAAAAGAUUAAUGAUGUGACAAGUGAAGAAAGUGAAUAUUUGCUUAAUCGAUUUAUUGAAUUAAUUGCUCAUAAUCAUGAUCUUCAGGUUCGCUUUAAAUGGAAGAAAAACGAUUUGGCUAUUUGGGAUAAUCGUAGCGUUUAUCACACAGCUACUUAUGAUGCGGUGGGUCCUGAGCGUGUUGGUAUUAGGGUAGUUGGUAUUGGUGAAAAACCAUACUUUGAUCCGAAUUCUCGUGCGAUUGAUGGGCUUUAAUUCAAAUGACCUAAAAAGGAUCGGAUUUUGCUUAAUACUAAAUUUUCAUUUCUUUCUUUAGGCCUUCUAAUGUCGUUAAGUUCUGAAAUCCUUUAAUAGUCGGGUAGUAAAUUAGCGAUAUUCGUUAAUGUAAAAAAAUAAAUAAAUAAAUAAAAAUCUAUACUUCAUUCUCCUUGUUUUAGAUUAAGUCCAA